AUGCUACUUCUCCUUCUGAUCUCAAGUGCUUGUGUCCUGCCCUGGGCUGGGGCUGGAAGGAUCAUUGGUGGGAAGGAAGUUAAGAGCCACUCCAGACCCUACAUGGCUUUUUUAAAAAUCCAAACGUCAGAUCAGUCUGGCCUACAGACUAGUUGCUGUGGAGGAUUCCUUAUUCGCCCAGAUGCAGUGCUCUCAGCAGCUCACUGUGUGCCUAGAAAAGGGAGAGUGACCAUCACUGUGAUUCUGGGAGCCCACAACAUAAGGGUCAGAGAAUGGAGCCAGCAGACGAUCCAUGUUAAGCACUGGGUCAUCCAUCCCAACUAUUCCCCUGAUGGCUUCAAAAAUGACAUUAUGCUGCUGAAGCUGAAGCCAAGGGCCAGGAUCAAUAGGAAUGUGCAAUUCAUCUCCUUACCCAGGAGCAAUGAACGUUUGAUAGAAGGAACUAAGUGUGCGGUGGCUGGCUGGGGCUGGAGAUCUAUGCCAGGGCACUGCAGUAAUGUGAUGAUGGAGGUGGAACAGGAGGUGCAAAAUGAGGAACCAUGUCAGUACCUAUUCCGUAACUACCAGCGCCAGUCCAUGAUCUGUGUUGGUGAUGAGUACAGCAGAAAGGCACCUUACCAUGGGGAUUCUGGUGGCCCAUUAGUCUGCAAUCACAAGGCUCAUGGCAUUGUUUCUCAUGGACUCGAACGCCGCCUCUUCCCUAAGGUAUUUACCAGAAUCUCAUACUUUGAGCCCUGGAUAUAUCAGCAGCUGAAGAGGUUUGCACUCCAAGAGCUGCCUGGCUCUCCAUCCUCUGAUUAA